GCGGUGGGCGCGCUCUCCGGCCCCGGGACCGCGGGGCCCGCGGCGGGCGGCUGCUCCGGGAGAGGCCGGGCCCGCGUGACAGAGACCCCUGGGCGCCGUGCACCUGCAAGCCAUCGUACCUGCCCAUGAGUCUCUGAGAACAUCAUAAUGUCCCUUUGUGCCUCUUCUCACAAAGAGUUUCCUCAGCUGUUGCCUCUUCAAGACAUGGAUAUCAAAAACUCUCCAUCUAGCCUUAACUCUCCUGCUUCCUACAACUGCAGUCAAUCUGUCCUACCCCUGGAGCACGGCCCCAUAUAUAUACCCUCCUCCUACGUAGAGAGCCGCCAUGAAUAUUCCGCCGUGACCUUCUAUAGCCCUGCUGUGAUGAAUUACAGUAUUCCCAGCAGUGCCAAUAACUCAGAAGGUGGACCCAGUCGGCAGACCACGAGCCCAAAUGUGUUGUGGCCAACUCCUGGACACCUCUCUCCCUUAGCCAUCCAUUGCCAGUCGUCACUUCUGUAUGCAGAACCUCAAAAGAGUCCUUGGUGUGAAGCAAGAUCACUAGAACCCACCUUACCUGUAAACAGAGAGACACUGAAAAGGAAAGUUAGUGGAAGCAGUUGUGCCAGCCCCAUUACUAGUCCAAGUUCAAAGAGGGAUGCCCACUUCUGUGCGGUCUGCAGCGAUUACGCAUCUGGAUAUCACUAUGGAGUCUGGUCGUGUGAAGGAUGUAAGGCCUUUUUUAAAAGAAGCAUUCAAGGACAUAAUGAUUACAUAUGCCCAGCUACAAAUCAGUGUACAAUAGAUAAGAAUCGACGCAAGAGCUGCCAGGCCUGCCGACUUCGGAAGUGCUAUGAAGUGGGAAUGGUGAAGUGUGGCUCCCGGAGAGAAAGGUGUGGGUACCGUGUUAUGCGAAGGCAGAAGAGUUCCGAUGAGCAGCUGCACUGCCUGAGCAAAGCCAAGAAAAAUGGUGGCCACGUGACCCGAGUGAAGGAGCUGCUGCUGAGCGCCCUGAGCCCGGAGCAGCUGGUGCUCACGCUCCUGGAGGCCGAGCCGCCCCACGUGCUUGUGAGCCGCCCCAGCACGCCCUUCACCGAGGCCUCCAUGAUGAUGUCCCUGACCAAGCUGGCCGACAAGGAACUCGUGCAUAUGAUUGGCUGGGCCAAGAAAAUUCCAGGCUUUGUGGAGCUCAGCCUCUAUGACCAAGUGCGCCUCCUGGAGAGCUGCUGGAUGGAGGUGCUAAUGGUGGGCCUCAUGUGGCGCUCCAUUGACCACCCGGGCAAGCUCAUCUUUGCUCCAGACCUCGUUCUGGACAGGGAUGAGGGGAAAUGCGUAGAAGGAAUUCUGGAAAUCUUCGACAUGCUCUUGGCAACAACUUCAAGGUUUCGUGAGUUAAAACUCCAACACAAAGAGUAUCUCUGUGUCAAGGCCAUGGUCCUCCUCAACUCCAGUAUGUACCCUCUGGCUGCCGCGGCGCAGGAGGCGGAGAGCAGCCGGAAGCUGAGCCACUUGCUCAACGCGGUGACCGACGCGCUGGUCUGGGUGAUCGCCAAGAGCGGGAUUCCGUCCCAGCAGCAGCCCGUGCGCCUGGCCAACCUCCUGAUGCUCCUCUCGCACGUGAGACACGCCAGUAACAAGGGCAUGGAACACCUGCUCAACAUGAAGUGCAAAAACGUGGUCCCAGUCUACGACCUGCUGCUGGAGAUGCUGAACGCGCACACACUCCGCGGGCACAAGUCCUCAGUCACUGGGUCCGAGUGCAGCCCAGCAGAGGAGAGUGAGAGCAAGGAGGGCUCCCAGAAGACCACAUCUCAGUGAUGCCCAGUCUGAAGCAAACAGGCCUUAGAGGAGGCCAAAGGCUGACGUGUGAACCACGGUGCGAACCAUGAGCUCCGUCCGGAAGUGGGGAGCCUUCGUCAUCUUUCCCAUGCGUGCUGCCUCAUGUGGUUAUGGCAGGUGCAGUUGUGUCAUGUCCUUCACCUGGCCUCCCCUCUUCUUAGGAGUCAGGGUGAGAAAGCCAGUGUUCUGUGGUAGCAGGGGGCAUGUUUGAAGGCAGACUUUACAUCUUGCUUGCCUCAUAGGAUCUCAGUGUGGUCCCUUUUUUACUUUCCAUCUCCGUCCCACCGCUCUGGAAAACAUCUGAAAGGUUUUGGAAUGAAUGGUGGAGAUCUGAUAUGGAAGGUCUGUAAUGUGGAGAAGGGAGAGGAUGGGGCAUUUAUAGGAAGUGGACUAACCUUUACUGUGUCACCUAGCCUGCCCUUACGUAGACCUUUGUUUGCUCUCUUCACGGCCACUUGAUUGUAGGAUUGCAGACCAUGACAACGAACUGGUUCCACACACCUACCUCACAGGCCUGUGAGGAUUAAAGUCAUGUAUUGCUCUUACUGUUGAAGGCCAGAGGGACUGUGACCUGAGAGCCAGUGGACAGGCUGGGAAGUGAGCCAUGUCCUUCCUCCAGACCUUGCUGCCAUCUCCAUAGAGGUUCAUUCCUCUUGAUUUGCGUUCAUAGAACCUGCUAUUUAUUUGGGGUGCAUUUAGGUUUAUGAUCACUUUUAUGGAGGAUUGUGGAGAUUUAAAUCUCUUUGCCCCUGGAAUUGGCGUUCCUUACAACUCUCUUGUUCCAAAGGGCCCAGUGUGUGCUGGAGAAAGACCUAGCAUGUGCAGGAAUGGGUUUCUCCUGUGGGUUUGGGUCACGACCACAUUGCUUCCUUUGGGGUAGCCACAACCACCAUCAUUAGCCAUCCACAGACAGGGACGUGUCAGGCCGUGUGUGCAAAGUUCAGGACCAGACUAUGUAGAUUGGUGAGCAUCUCACUUGAAUAAGACCUGGCUUGUGAGCUCUACUUUUAAAAAAAAAUAUUUAGGGAUAAUUAUUUAUAGCAAGAAAGAAUUCUUUUACACCCUAGGGCUCUUUUAAACUAUUUUCUUAGCAGAACAUUUAUAUGGCGAGCUGGGUGAAAUAGAAACUUCACAGAAGACUAUUAGUUCCUCUUCCAAGUGGAACAUAAAUAGGACAAGAUGAUAAAGCACCUCUGGAAUUACAAUUUUAACUCAGUUUUUAAAAAUUGAAAUCUUCAGGAACAUAGUGAAUGCAUAAAAUGAGUUACAUCCCUACCUUGGCAGUGAGCAGUGAAAUAAUCAUGUUUGAUUUUUGUGAUGCUGUUUUAAAAAAUUACCUUGUGGUAGGAGAUUAAACUCAUUCUCUUUUUGAAAAUGGGUUUACUUUGGGUAGCACAUUCUGUAUUUACUAAAUCCUUAGGAAGAUUAAAUUCGAUGUUAUAAAGGUUGGUUUCUGCUAGGGAGUCCUUGAAUAAAUCUUAAUUUGGAUAAUGGUGCAGUUUUACUAAAAGUUGAGCACAGCUGCUUCUGAAACACUUGGACCAGACCUAGAGAGCACACCAUUGUCUGUAUUCUGACAUGGUUUGAAAUUAUUCCUUGUGGCUCAGUGCUGUCGUCUAGGUGAGAUUCAGGGCGGAACAUAUGAGUUGUAUUUUACAGGAGCCAGUGUCAUCCAGAAGGUCAAUUUUCUUUCUUUCUGGCCAGCCUAGAAUUACCCCCCACUCCCCACUCCCCACCAAACAGAAGAUACGAGGUAGGAGAAUAGGAAAUGGGAGGCAGAGGAGGCAGUCUUAAACAAUUAUUUGUCGAAUUGUUAAGUUCUCUUAAUUGUACUUACAAAAGAGACUACCACAUUAAAACAAAAACCAAAACAAAACAAAAAACAGAAUAAGGUCCAAGCCACUGCCACAGUAGCACAUAGUGACAUUUUUUUAGGUUGGAUUUUGAUGCUCAAGGUAGAAACCAGACUGAUCUCAGGUGUCGAAGCACCUUUCCAUGCCAAAUUCUGUGCUUCUCCAGACUGGUGUGUGUGCUUUGAAGUCUCCUAGUGCCCACCGUGCAUUUCCUAACUAUUCCUGCAUGCUUCUUGAGGCUGCUUGCUUCCCUGCAUUUGGAUCUGGCCCAUGAGGGGGCUGUAAUACUUUUGGUAAUUUCUUCUUUGCUCAGAAUACCAUAGGGGUGUGCUGGGGAUAGAGGUUAGACCAGCUUAGGGGGCCUCCUUGGUGCAAAGUUGUCUCUUAAAAUUGGGCCAUGUAGGCAGUUGAGAUAAUGUGGUCUACAGUUGAAAGUUAUCCUUUGUAUUGUUUUGAAUAUUCUAGGGCCCUUUCCCCCUUGCAGAAAGGAGUGUUCUUUAAAUUGUUUUUAAAAAUUUAAAUUCAAUUUGCCAACAUAUACUAUAACACCCAGUGCUCGUUCCAUCAAGUGUCCUCCUUAGUGCCCGUCACCCAGUUAUCCCAUCCCCCCACCCACCUCCUCCCCUUCUGCAACCCUUUUUGUUUCCCACAGUUAGGUGUCUCUCAUGGUUUGUCGCAGAUGAUAGGAAUGUUUUGAAUCUCUGUGCCCAUCUGUUCCAAACACGUCCACUAAAGCUGACACCAGUGUGUUGUCAGUCUGCUGUCUUUAUAUCAAUAUCCAUUUUAAAGAUGAAUCAUUUCUCCUUAACAGUGCUUUCUUUUAAAUGUCUUUUUUGGGGGUAUCCAUACCCCAUUCAAAAUGAUCUUUGGACAACCUAAAAUUCUGCCCUAGUGAAGCAAGGAUUUUGGUUUUUUCAAGAUCAGUUUUUUUUAAAAGGAAUUAACUAGGGGAAAUAGGACUUGACAGCUGUAAACAGGAAUUCAUUUGAGUAUUGGAGGGAAAAAAAAACCCACCCAACUACAUUUUAUGUAUUAUGGAAAAGUGAUCCUUAGCUUUGCCUCAGACUCCUGUGGCAAGAGUCCUUUCCUUUAUUUUGAUCUGCAAGUUAUUGUUUAAUUUUUUUAAUUUUUUUUUAAAUUUUUUUAAUUUAUUUAUGAUAGUCACACAGAGAGAAAGAGAGAGAGGCAGAGACACAGGCAGAGGGAGAAGCAGGCUCCAUGCACCGGGAGCCCGAUAUGGGAUUCGAUCCCGGGGCUCCAGGAUCGCGCCCUGGGCCAAAGGCAGGCGCCAAACCGCUGCGCCACCCAGGAUCCCUGCAAGUUAUUGUUUAAUGUGAGAAACUUAUUUGUGAGAGAUGCGUGAGAUUUGGGCUUAUGUCCAAAAACAUGAGUGUCUCAUAUGAGGUCAUGUGGACAAAUCUUAAUGAAAUAAUUAACGUGAAAUAUUCUUAACAUAGAGAACAUUAGAACAGGGUGUUCACUUAGAUUCUUGGGAGGAAGCUGACAGUCCCUAAAGAGGACCUGCAUGGGUGAGCAAGGGGCUGCAGUGAGUUUUCACACCUUGUCCUGACAGCCCCUCCUCCCCACAGUUCCUCUGUGUGGCCUUAGGCCUGUCACAUGCAUACUGUCCACUGGGACCAACUUAAGAAGAUUCAACCCCAAAAGCAUUUUGAAGAGAUUUUUCUUAAAAAAUUGAGGGGGAACAGAAGAGUAAGUCAGCCUAAUAACAAGUCUGGAGGGUCUUAACUGUAUUUAAAAAAAAAAAAAAAAGUGCAAAAUCUACCCAGGCUCUGCAGUCAGAUAGUCUUUACUUGGAUUGUUUCAUCUGCCAACUUGGUCAGAAGGGUAAUUAUUCUAGAUUUUAGAAAAAAGAGAUCAGUUACCAAUUCUUGGCAGAGUAACUUAUAUAUUCGUAUAUAUAUAAGCUAGGUGGAGCAACUCUAGAAUUUUCCAGCAUGUGGAAACAGCUUGGUUGUUAUUUAAAUCUGCUAAGGAGCUUGCCUGUGUAGAGACACCUUUUCAAAUUCAAGGUGAAACUUCAGCGUCUAGGUCUAUUUUGAAAUGAAAUUUUUUUAUUAAAUAAGAUUUGACACAGUUCUUUAAGCUGCUAAAAACCUUUUAGAAAACAUAAUAAAGACUGAGUGAAGGAAAUGAUAAAAAUACAUCAUUUAGCACCUUAAAAUAAUAUCUGUGGAACACUUACUGUGUGCCAGACACAGUUCUCAAUGCCUCAUACUUUCACACUUAAUAAUAAUUACCGUGAUCCUAAGUUUCUGGUUGUGGAAACUAGAGAGUAUAAGCAGAUUUGCCCAGGGUCACACAGGGAAGCAAGUGACAGAGCUGAACACAGGCAGAGGUCCAAUGCUGAAUGUAAUCAUGCAGUUUAAAACAAAACACUAAGAAAGAUAUUCAUGGGUUGCAUUCAUCAAUUGCAAUCUGACAUGCAUGGCCACUCUGGUUUAAGUGAGGCCCUCCCAAUUUGCACAACACUCUGUAGGUAGAUACAGGGACAGCUUGCAAACCUGACACAGAAGUUCAAUCUCAUCUUGUACACAUGUGUAAAUUACAGCCCAGAGGGCUUGACCUGCUUAAGGUCAUAAAACUACUUAUGGCCAAACUUGGACAUGAAUUUAAGUCUUCUGCUGCCUGGCCACCACUGUUCCCGCUGCAGGACUUGCCUCCCUAAGGAGGGGGUACUUAGGGAGGCAAGUCCUGCAGCUUGAGUUGAAUCUCCAUGCAUAACAGAUAUUAAAGUUCUGGUUGCCUUCUACUGUUCCUGCAGAUCUUACCUUUUCAGCUUAGAUGGGGGUCUGCAUGAAAUGUUACAGACAGGUGGAAAAAACAAUGAGUUCUUUCGUUCCUGUCCUCCCACCUGGGCUCAUAAGCUAGUGAGUGGUACUCCUGUCACCUCCUUCUAUCUGCUGUUGCUUUUCCUAAAUGCACUGGAGUACGUUCUUUGGAAAUUCACCCAUGUAAAAGUCUCAUGCCUUUUAGGUACUGAUGCUUCCCUGUGGAGUUUGGUAUACAAUAGUGUGAAACACAUGCCAUUUAUUCUUAUAUAGCUCUCAAAGUUGCUGGAAUCUCAGCUCCAGUGGCAGCUCUCAGAUGUGAUUGUCUCUGCGAUAUGUAAUCUUAUAACUUUUCUGUUGUUUUGGAGUCAAGGAUCCGCACCCCCCUCCUUGAGUUCUGAGGAUCCUAUUCACUUGUCAGGUCAGUGGUUGUCAGGUGCUGGAGGGUUUCCUUUAUGGGAAGGGGAAAGGUUUGCUAACACUAGCCUGGAGCAGCUCCUAACUGCACAGUCUACACUGCGGUGUUUGCUCUUCUGUUGGGUGUCUAAAUGCCACGACUCUUGGUUGUGUAACUUGAUUAUUGGGUGGUCCCGUGUACCUCAGAGCCUGCUAGUGGCUAUACUUUGUUUUUUCAGGUGAAUGCUUUGUACUAUGAAGCAGGCUUUGACAUUUCAGCCUUUUUACAAAUAAAUAUUUGCUGUUGUGUGAAAGCAGAUUUUGAGGUCUGCUUUCCAUUCCUCCAGGUACUGCUUUUCCUCUGCUAUGUCCCCUUAAUAUUUAUGGAACUGUUGUGAAAAGUUUAAUGUGACAUAAGCUAAAUAAAGUGUUUUUGCAUAA